UAUAUAUCUUACCGUCUUGGCUUGGGUUCACACAGAAUUUGAUGACAGGAAAAGACAGAAUUUUGCUGAGGGACACUGAUUUUUGCUUCUGUUUUUUUUCCCCUUGUUUUUUCAGAAUCCUCUGUUUCUGCAGAUUCAUGUUUGAUUACUGAGCAACAUUUUGCUUCAUGGAGAGAUUCUCCUGGACACUUGACGGCCUUGGCCAUGGGGGACCAUAUCAGCAAAAUUCUAUGGAUGAGUCAAUGGACUAUGAGAGGGAGGAAACAGAUCGUGCGAUUGCCCUUUUUCUUGCAGAAGAAGAUCAGAACGGAAGAAAUUUCAUUGCUUCUAAAGCUCAGCAAGAAAAAGAUAAACGUCAUUCUACAGCUCAAUUGGAGGAGGAUGAACUACUGGCACAAGCUCUCCAAGAAAGUUUAGGUGUAGAAGAUCCAUCUAGUCACAGUAAUGGAAAUUCAUUUCAACUUCAUCGGAUUUCAUCUUCAGGCUCGAGCUAUAUGGGCAUCGAUCCUUCAGUUAUGCAAAUUUCCAGAAUGCCUGGCUCAUGGGAAGAAGAUUUGGAGUGGUCAUCAGCUCUUUUUAAAGAUGAUGAAUAUCAAUCCAAAUACGAACAAGCUUCAAAAGCCCUGCUAGAAAUAGACAAACUUCAUGCUAAAGCUCAGUUGGUGGAGGAUGAACUACUGGCCAUAGCUCUCCAAAAAAGUUUAAAUGUAGAAGAUCGAUCUAGACACAGCAAUGGAAAUUCACUUCAAAUUCGUCCAGAUUCAUCUUCAGGCUCGAGAUUCUGUGCUGGUUGCAAGAGUCUGAUUGGUCCUGAAUAUUUCGAGAGUUAUAUGGGUGCUGAUUGGCAUCCGGAAUGCUUUCACUGCCACUCAUGUGGUCUUCCAAUUGAAGAUCUCAAGAUUUCAGUGUCCGGGGACCACCUCUAUCAUGAUUCAUGCGACAAAGAACUCCAUCAUCUAAGAUGUGAUGUUUGCAAGAUUUAUCUCUCCGCCGCAACCUUCGGCGUCUCGGCUCUUGCCCAUGACCUGCUCAACUUCGAAAUCACCUCCAAGGUUCCUGAGGGGCUAGGCAACCAUGUGGGUUCUUCCAGGGAAGCUCACGCUAGUUGGUAUAGAAAGCUGCUAGUGGCAUGGAGAGAAUCAAAUCCACCUCCAAAAACAACUGAAGAAGCAACAAGGCUUGUUGUCCAGGCCCUGAAGAACCACCAGAAGGCUGACGUUGAGGGCUUAUUGGCGUUCUAUGGUCUACCUCGUGCUCACACCCUGUUUGAGACCACAGCCGAAGUUCCAGCGUCAUUGCCCCAAGGAGUGGUGUUUGAGUUUCAAACAAUUCCAGUGUAUGCAAGAUGUGUGACAGAUGGCGACGGCAUCACCGUGUACGUUAGCACUUCCGAUCCGAGAGAAUCUUGCUUGGUCCCACAAGAAGUCCAGAUCGCAGCCAUCGAAAGAUCAGAAGCCCGUGCUCAGAGGGACUACACUCGUGCAGAUGCACUGCACAAAAGUAUUGUGGACGCAGGAUAUCGGGUAAUAAAUGUUCAGAAUGAGGAAGUCCUUGCUCGGAAGUACCGAAUUCGGCUCAGGGGGAUAGAUGCUCCAGAGGGUAAGAUGCCGUAUGGCAAAGAGGCUAAGGACGAGCUUGCAAAGAUUGUUGAAGGGAAGUGUUUGAGAGUUCUUGUGUAUGGAGAAGAUCAAUAUGGCCGGAGUGUAGGAGAUAUAUACUGCAACGGCAACUUUGUACAGAAGUCAAUGCUCAAGAAAGGGAUGGCGUGGCAUUACACAGCCUUCGACCAACGAGCAGAGCUUGCAAAGUGGGAGAAGAAUGCACGGGCAAAGCGCGUAGGUUUGUGGGCUUCACCAAAUCCUGAGGAGCCAUGGGAAUGGAGGAAGAAUAAACGAGAGGGGAGAUGACUUCACCCAAAUCUGAUUUAGCCUUUUGCCAUUCUGUGGAAAUGUAGCUGGCCAAGUAUUGAUGUACAGGGACUACAAUCUACUCAUUGCUUUCCGACUGAUAUAGAGAAGAAUAUGCUUUAUCAGCUGUUGUAUGCAUGCUAAUCUAGUGCAAAAGCUCGAACAGCCUUAGCCAAAUCAUCAUAUAAGAUCAGUGAAGGAUCCGAUGUACGAA